UUUCCACGAGUCGAGUGAGUGUUAUUUAGAAGACUCUUCCCAAAACAAAGAACACAUCAUCACUUCACGGCUAGGAUCUUGGGGAAGAGUGCGUUACGAACAAAGUGAGUCAUGUUGUGGAUAGCGUGCGGCGGAGGGUAGUGCUUCAGUGCCGUUGGAACCACACGAAUCGGAAGUGUUGGUGGGUGGAUAUCAAUCCCCCCAAAACUCUACUCUUCGGCUUUCCUGACUUUGAAUGCAUGGGAACACUUCAUAUUAAUAAUAACAAGUGUGUAUGAAAGGGUAAAGGAAGGCAGAGAGGGGGUCCACUGAACGUCAAUCACCCCUUUCGACCCUUGGAGCCGAUGGGGCAAGAAAAACUCAAAUCAUCAUCAUCAUCGUUACUGCCGCCACGAGAUCAUCAGUGGUACGAAAUGGUUUGAAGGCUUAAAGUGAAUUAGUGGAUGACGUCUUAGACAAUUCUCGCUGCUCUACCCCUAAUUGUGUUCAAUCAUAAGAAGAUAACAAACAUGCUCAGCUCUCUUCACAUGGAAGGCGAGAUCCUCGGGCCAGUCGUUCCAGUGGAUGACGAGGAUUUCCGGAGAGCCUCCAAUUCCGUCCCAUUUCCUGAGGCGGACACUUUAAGCGUGCCAGUUAAUUUGGGCGUGGGCUCACCAGAUCAGAGACAAGCUAUUUCUGCCCAAGGACCUGGGCCCAAAAAGCCGCAUCAAAUCGUGUCGAGUACGGGUGAUGUCAUUUUGCACACUUUUCAUGGCGGGACUAAUUUGGACCAGUCCAGUGCUCAAAGCCUUUAUUCGCAACAUGGGAUCCGGAAACCGCCCAAAUUCAGUGCGAUUGUCAAUGAGUAUAUGGGCGCGUGCUUGGAGGACAAUUGUCAAAUAGCGGAUGUUGAAGGUCCAGGGCUUUGUGCCGCCAUUCUCACCUUUGUUUCAUUAGUUCUGGUUCUCGUAACCAUGCCUCUAUCUCUCUGCGUGACAGUGAAGGUUGUUCAAGAGUAUGAAAGGGCGGUUGUAUUCCGAUUGGGACGCCUGCGAUCUGGAGGUGCCAAGGGUCCUGGGUUGUUCUUUAUCAUGCCUUGCGUGGACACCUACAAGAAAGUGGACCUUAGAACAGUUUCAUUUGAUGUCCCACCUCAAGAGGUUCUUUCUCGUGAUUCUGUGACAGUCAGUGUGGAUGCCGUGGUGUAUUAUCGAGUCUCUAACCCAACUAUGGCCACCAAUAAUAUUGAAGAUUAUAGUCACUCAACUCGACUUUUGGCAGCCACAACGCUCCGAAACGUUCUGGGCACGAAAAAUCUCGCUGAGAUUCUGUCGGAACGAGAAAUUAUCAGUCAAGUCAUGCAGAACGCUCUCGACGAAGCCACCGAUCCAUGGGGCGUCAAGGCAGAAAGGGUUGAAAUUAAGGAUGUGCGAUUGCCCGUUCAACUUCAAAGGGCAAUGGCCGCCGAGGCUGAGGCUGCUCGAGAGGCCAGGGCCAAGGUCAUAGCUGCCGAGGGAGAACAAAAGGCAUCUCGAGCUCUCAGGGAAGCCGCAAGUGUCAUUGCCGAAAGCCCUUCAGCCCUCCAGCUCCGAUAUCUGCAAACCUUGAACAGCAUUGCUGCCGAGCACAAUUCCACCAUUAUCUUCCCAAUGCCCAUGGACAUUAUGAGCCAUUUCAUGGGCCGCAAAGGUGGAGGGAAAAUGGACAAGCAAGCUUAGAUGGUCUAACUGAGUAAGCCCAAGCACCGCAAUGCCAAGUCUCACAGCCCAUCGGCACGUAACCAGGGCAAGAAUUUAGAAUAACAAUUGAGAGAUACCAAAUCAUCCCCAUGCUUGCUCACCUCCCCCAGAUUCUAGAUUUCUUCUCUCACCCUUUCCCUUUUAUUCACCACAAGAAUAUCUCGACAUCGGAAUAUAACUAUUGUGUGUAUGAUCCUCAUUUGUCCUUUUCGAAUCUACCAUUAGAGACGCCCUCCUUUUGGUUGAGACUCAAAGUAUCUUUUCUCUUUACUAUUGAGUCCAUUUCCUCUCGUUUUGAUUGCUCUUGAAAUUUGUAUGAAUUUCUACUGUGAUACAAUCUACCAACUAACUAACACUGUCCGCACUAAACUAUUAGUGAAGUAAUCUGUAUGAUUUAUCAAAUACAAACCACGCCAAGUCUGCUCUUAAA